CAAAAGUCGGCCAUUUUCUGCACUGAGACGUAAUUGAUGUGAGAGAUGGCGUCGUUGUUGUCUGAGUUGGAACAGGAUCCGUUUGACGGCCACGAGUUCGUCGAACGUCUUGCCUGGAGAUGUACUUCUGGACGUUUCGACGCUUUUGACUCGAAAUCGCUUUCCGAAGCAUUCGAUUCUUCGGUAAGAGAUUUGCGUUCAGUUCUCGACAGUCAUCACAACAAAUGCGAUCGUCUCGAGACUCUUCUCGUCCAACAACACAAACAUCACUGGUUGGCCGUCGCGCACGCGCAAGAGAGACAAAGACUCGCCAAGAAUGCCUUUUCCGCUCUGGACUCGCGUUUGGCCGCAGUGGCCGCCAAAGUCGUUUAUCUCGGAGAUCAACUCGAAGGCGUCAACACUCCGCGCGCCCGAGCAGUUGAAGCGCAACGACUUAUGCGUCAUUUCUCGAAAUUCCUUUCCCAAGACACACCCCUUCCUCCCGACCAACCCCUCGCCGACGCCGCCGAUGUCCUACAGAAACUGCACGUGAUUGCGGCCGAGUUGCCGCCGGGACCACGUUUUGAGCGUGCUCGGGCGGCCAUUGGUUCGCAAUAUGAUUCGGUAGAGAAAAGACUAUUGGAAGAGUUUGCGUCUGCGCAGAGAGACGAUGACCGCCGAAGAAUGGCCGAAAUGGCUGAAAAGUUGCAGCAUUUCAAGGGAUUCGGUCAGUGUGUGGACGCAUUCAUCGAGACGGCGCAGACAUCUCUGGCCGGAAGAGACGCGUUCGCGGAAGUUCCGACGCUUAUAACGCGAACGGAGCGCGUGGUUCGUCACGUGUUUGCGACUCCGGAGCAAAUAAUGACAAAAUUAGUUUUAGUGGUAUUUCAGGGAAAACUUCAGGAUUGCGUGGAUUUAGAACUUUCUCGAGUUGUCAAAGACGACAAUCGCUUUCUGCGUUCACUUCACGCGCUUUUCGUCAAAACAUCACAACUCGGAGAACGACUCGCGAGAACUCAGACUUUGGAUUCGGCGUUUGUUUCCAGACUUUCUCGACAUGUCUUCAAUAGAUAUCUCGAAGACUAUGUUUCCGUCGAGACAAGGUGUCUUCGCGAUCGUCUUUCCGCUAUUUUGCGCCGUUUUUAUGACCAAAAAGGACAUCAAAAGCGAGUUUUACCGCAAACUUCGAUUCAAGAACUUAAACGCGAUAUUCAACUCAAGAUCGCCCGCGCGGCCGUUCCAACUGAUGUAGCGGCUGAGGAACCGCUUCUCAGCGAAGAGGUGGCCAUUCACGCUCUGCAAGAGACUCGGGAAGCGCUCCAAAGAUGCGAAGUUUUGUGUCGACCGACGGAUUUGGCGUCGACUGCGGCUGCGCUGUUUGCCAUUCUUUUGGACGCUUUAUUCCAUCAACACAUGGAUUACGGCGUGGAAUUGGCCGCUCUUUCGCUUCCGGCCGCAGAUCCACGGCAUCCACCCGAUUGUUGGUUUGUUGAAGUCGCGAGACAAACGAACGCCAUUUGCCAUUUAGUGGACAAACAGUUUGUUUCUUCGGUUUUGCCGUUAAUUCGUUGUUCGAAUCGUUCGAAUUCGGAUUUAUCUAAAAAUAAAAGACAAUUCACAGAACAAUUGCAACAAAAAGUCAACACAGGAUUAGACCGUCUUUUGUCUUCAGCCAUCGCUUGGAUUCGUUCUCUUCUAACUCAAGAACAACGAAAAACAGAUUUCAAACCCGAAACCGAUGAUGUCGCUCUUUCAUCCACAACAAGCGCCGCUUCCAAAGUCAUUCGAUUCGUGGACGCCUUUGUUCUACGCGUGCGCGACGGUCUCGACGGCCGAAACGUGGACUCGUUUUUAGCCGAAUUCGGCGUUCGUUUGCAUCGUGCGCUCUUCGAUCACUUCCAGCAGUUCCAGUUCUCGAGUGUUGGAGCGAUGGUUGCAAUUUGCGAUUUGAAUGAAUACCGCCGAUGCGUUCAUUCGUUUGGAGUUCCUUUGUUGACGUCAUUGUUUGCAGUUCUUCACGCGCUUUUUAAUCUUCUGGUUGUCGCUCCGGAAAACCUAAAACACGCGGUCGAAGAAGUGUCGAUUGAGAGACAACUGGUUCUGCAGUUCGUUCAGUUGCGUUCGGAUUAUAAAACGGCAAAAGUUUCGACUCUUCUUAAGCUUUAACUUAAAAAUUAAAUCUUUUUUAAUCUCUU